CAGCUGAGCAUUACGUCAUCAUUUAGCCUAAUAGCUGGGAAGCUAAUGUAUCACUCCCUUCCUCCGCCGAUGUAAACAUGGAACGGAUUUUAAAAUUUGACCUUUUUGCUGCUCGGUCGGGAAUCAGGGGGUCAGACAAUAAUGGAUCUUUUACAUGAGAUCGCCGUUAAACCCAAGGCAGUGCGGUGUUCGCUUGCUAACUAGCUAAAAGCAAAUCAACGGUCAAGACGUGUUUCAAAGGUUGCUAAUUUGAUAGCUAGCUAGCGUUUGGCUCGUUGGCAGCCACGGAAACCUAAAGUGGGGUUACCCGGCAAAGAAGGAUGGCAAGAAAUACUUUCUAACAAAGGCUAAUCAAGAAAAAGAGGAGUAAAAUGAAGACAACUCGAAGAGAUGGCGCACCGUCGCCGAUGAAUGGAAGGCAAGACUGGGACACCAGGCGGAAACGGAAAAUCGCAGACAUCACACAGGCCCUUAGUGUGGAGCCAGUGGAUGUAGCAACUUUAAGGAGGAUGGCUAUCAGUGAAGGAGGACUUCUGACUGAUGAAAUCCGCUGUCAGGUCUGGCCCAGGCUCCUCAACGUUCCUCCACACCUCCUGGAUCAAGAGCCUGAAAAGGUGGAACGGGAAAACAAUAAGGACAGCAACCAGGUCCUGCUGGAUGUCCAGCGUUCACUACGAAGAUUUCCACCUGGUAUGCCAGAUGAGCAGAGAGAGGGUCUUCAGGAAGAGCUAAUUGAUAUAAUCCUCAGAGUUCUAAAACGUAAUCCCCAGCUACACUACUACCAAGGAUACCACGACAUUGUUGUCACCUUUUUGCUGGUUGUUGGAGAGCGCCUAGCCACUGUUCUUGUAGAGAAGCUCUCCACUCAUCACCUCAGGGACUUCAUGGAUCCCACGAUGGACAACACAAAACACAUCCUCAAUUAUCUGAUGCCCAUCAUUGAACGGGUCAAUCCUGAUGUGCACGACUUCAUGCAGCAGGCUGACGUGGGAACAGUCUUUGCUCUCAGCUGGCUGAUCACCUGGUUUGGCCAUGUGCUGUCAGACUUCCGUCAUGUGGUGCGGUUGUAUGACUUCUUCCUGGCCUGCCAUCCAUUGAUGCCCAUCUACUUUGCAGCUGUGAUUGUGCUGUACAGAGAAGAGGAAGUGUUGGAGUGCGAGUGCGACAUGGCAAUGGUCCAUCACCUGCUGUCUCAGAUUCCCCAGGAUCUGCCGUAUGAGAUGCUAAUUAGCCGAGCCGGAGACCUUUUUGUCCAGUUUCCCCCCUCUGAACUGGCUAGAGAGGCAGCAGCACAUGAAAGCACGGCGGCUUCUACCUUUAAGGACUUUGAACUUGCAUCCACUCAACUACAGCCGGACUCAGUUCUGCGUCGCAGACGUAAACAGAAACCGGCUGCACUGGAGAGCUCGUCGACAAGCCCCGUGGUGGCAGUGGAGCGACCGUCGACGGCACGGCGUUUUGUCAGAUUAGCGGUGAUGGGCCUGACUGUGGCGCUCGGGGCGGCGGCGCUUGCUGUGGUUAAUACAGCUCUGGAAUGGGCCCCAAAGUUGGACUUGUUUCCUUGAACUACCUUAAGGGCAACACACCAGUCCUGUGUCACUGACCUAAUCAAACUGGUGGGUCUGCUUUAAAAGAACUGCAGUUUGUUCAUGAUUUUUUUGAGUCUUUAACACUGUCUGGAACGUGGUAACUAAACAUACAUAACGCUCCAUCUUCACCAAGGUCUAAACAUUCUGCUUUUUGUACAACCUAUUAGGCCCCAGCUCUGUUUUAAUGGAUCCUAUUGAGUGUUCACUGGUUUAUUAGCUGGUGAUGGGUCUCAUUUUUCUGUAAUCUAAUGAAGAAACUGUUUCUAAGGACUUACUGAAAGUGUCAUCUAAGUUUAUUUAUAUUUUGUUAUAAAAUAUCUGAUUUAGUGCUUUGCUUGCAGAGAUUUAUGCUGAGUGCCUGGUGGACUCACUUAACUUGAAACUUCUGCCAACGCAUGUGUGUGUGUGUGUGUGUGUGUGUGUGUUUGUGUGUGUGAGUGAUUUCAAUCAAUUUACCUGUUUGAUACCUGUACUGAGACCAAACCGAGGCUUUGUAAAAUCCUCUGUAUAAUUUAUCAUUUGUUGAUUUUGAAGUAUGUUGUGUAAUUACAGUAUACAGCAACUUAACACACAGGCACUUUUAGGGUCAUCGUUUAAUUCUCUUUUUUUCUUUACUUUUAUGCUGUUUGACUUUUUUUUAAUGACAGAACCUGAAUCUAUUUGGAUAUAGCAUAUUUACAAGAUUUUGUUGCCUUUGAUUUUAUAUUUUAAUUGUGCUUCAUGGUAAAGUUUAGAAGAACUCAUCAAAUAUAAAAUAACUGAGAAUUGGUGUUACCAAAGUAAAAUUUUAUUCAUUAAUAUAUCUCAAAAGUUAAAUCUGGAUAUUUACCCCAAAUAUUAGAAACCUGCCUUCAUAAUCUUGGAACUUUUAUUAAAAUGACGUACCAAAAGCUUUUGAAUUACUUGAAUGUUUGGUUGCACGUGUGUGUGUGUGUGUGUGUGUGUGUGUGUGUGUGUGUGUCCUAUGGAGCUGUCCUAUGGAAGGGUGCCUUCCUUUCACAACUCAGAGAUUACUGGUAUAAAUUUUACAUUAAAGCAACAAAUAUUUUCUAAUUUGGUAAAUUGAGGGGUCGGAUGUUUUUUUGUUUUUAGUCGUCACAUUUAGGAUUUGGAUAUUUCAUCAGUGGUUUCUUUCUCACUUGAACAAUUUUUGGGUUUAUCAGUUUCCUCAAGUCCUGAGUUUGAAUGGACAAAUCAUAAACUGAUCUCACUUCAGUUAAAAUCACCAGUCGUGUCAAGAUGCUGUUUUAAUUUAUCGACAACUGAACACAUUUUUAUUUUCUAAUUAUAGGGUUGAUAGUCUCCAAAGGUUUUUGCUAAUAAAGGUGACCUGAUAUGAAGGACUUGCACUAUUGAUCAUUAUUGUAUCGCAUCACGUAUUCGUAUAAUAAACGCACCAUGCUGUGGAAUUGUUUUCAUUGCACUAAAUGAUUUAUCUGGCUUUUUGUUUAUUUUGUUAUAAGAAAAUGUGUAUACUAAUGUUAAGAUGUAAAAUAGAAAGCUAAUAAAUGAGUAAAAAAGU